CAGCCAUCGAGGCCGCCUGUGUGCGACGUGUUUCGAAAUUGCCACAUCAAUAUUUUGCUCUUUUCGCAUGCCUCGUCUCUCACCACGAUUGUUGAAAUUAGCUUGGAAGGAAAAUCCACUUCUUCCAUUGUUGCUGCGAGCAUGUCGUGACCUGAAUUCCGCACGCCUCGAGCUGAAAUGGCUUCGAGAACACGCGCAAGAGAUGGCCAAAACGAAGCGAUGCACGCCUUGGAAAUCCUUACUACAUCAAUUCUGUCGGGCUAGGUCUUUAGGACAGCCAAUACAAUAUAUAUUAGGCACAGAAUUUUUUGGCGAGCUCGAGCUGAUAUGUAGACCUAAUGUUCUCAUUCCAAGACAAGACACCUCGGCGUGGGUUUUGCAUCUCGUGGAAGUGCUCAACAAAAACGCCGCGCAGCUACCUGCAAACAUCAAGGUCUUGGACCUCUGUACAGGAUCUGGCUGUAUCCCACUGUUGUUUGCCCAUGCAUUUACAGGUUUGCAAGCGAGUGGCAGCACUUCGCUCAAACUUCUAGGUAUCGAUGUUUCAAGCACUGCAAUUGAACUUGCAAAUAGAAACAAAGAAGAGCAACUGACACCGGCCUCCGAGUGCACAAGUAAACACCUUGAGUUUUCGCAGGCAGAUAUCAUGAGCGAUGACCGAUCAUCAUCCUCAUCCCCCCCCUCGCUGCUUAAAGUUCUUGACGAUCGGGGGCAAUUGCAAUGGGACAUCAUAUUGUCCAAUCCUCCCUACAUUUCACCUGAGCAGUUCAACCGUGUAACCGCACGUUCGGUCCGCAAAUUCGAGCCGAAGCUUGCACUGGUUCCUGAGAGUCAACACAGACGCUGGUCUGGCGCGGAAACUGGCGAUGUUUUCUAUCCUCGAUUGCUUGAGCUAGCUCGACUAUUAGAAAGCAAAGUAUUAGUAAUGGAAGUUGGUGAUCUUGAUCAAGCGAAACGAGUUGCCUCGCAGGCACUUGGAGACGGUCGGUGGUAUGGUGUUGAGAUUUGGCGAGACGAGCCGCGGACACCUGACGAGGAUGAAGCAAGGCAUGGGUGUGUGCGCAUCCGUGGAAGAGGGAAUGGUCGAAGCGUUAUUUGCUGGACAGAAGAAGUUGAUACUUGGUUCAACACGCAUUGACAGGGAGCAAUAACUACCUUUAGAUCUGUAUAAUCAUGCGCAACAUCGAGUAUGGUACGCCACACUAUGCAAUCCUCGACUAUUGCCUGUCUCUGAGUUUCAC